AGUGACUCCAUGGUCACGCCAUUUCAACCUCCAAGUUCUUGAUGAAUACAACCCUUCUUUAGUUCCGUUCUUAAUCUCUCUUGCAACUAUUGUUCUACGGAUAGACAAGUCAACGGGUGUACCAAGGGAUCGCCUCGGACAAAGAUGCUGCUCAUUGGCCUCACUGGCUCCAUUGCCACAGGCAAAUCAACCGUCUCGUCCAUACUCUCUGGCGCGCCACAAUCACUGCCUAUUAUUGACGCGGAUAUCCUGGCGCGCAAAGUGGUUGAGCCGGGCACCAGCGGUUACAAUGCCAUCUUGAAGCACUUUGGCCCUACGGCCCCGGAUCUCCUCAUUCCCACCUCCAAAUCCAUGCCGGAGCAGGGGCCGGACGGUAAGGGGAGACCACUCAACCGUCCGGCACUGGGGCGGAGGGUAUUCGGUGACAGUCCCGAACGCAAGGCAGAUCGCGCCAUCCUCAAUGGCAUCGUGCACCCCGCCGUCCGCAGGGAGAUGUAUAAGGCCCUCUUGCGAUACUACCUACAGGGCCACUGGGCCGUGGUGCUUGACGUGCCGCUGCUCUUCGAGUCCGGAAUGGAUCGCAUCUGUGGCACGGUGAUCGUUGUCGCUGUCAAGGACUCCGCGGUGCAGAUGGCGAGGCUGCGAGACCGAGACCCGCAUCUCAGUGAGGAGGAUGCCCAGAACCGCGUCGUCAGCCAGACAGACGUGCGGUUCAAGGCGCGGCGGUGCGAGGCCCGGGGACCAGGCAAGGGCAUAGUCCUGUGGAAUGAUGGGUCGAAGGAAGACCUGGAACGAGAUACUAGAUUGGCCAUCAGCCAACUCCGGGCUGCGAACCCAUCGUGGUGGAAUUGGUUGCUCCUGGGGUGCCCCCCACUGGCGGUGGUCGUGGCAGUAUGGCGCUUCUGGCAAAAUACUAGGAUCAAUCGGAGGUGGAAGGAGCAGGAAUCUUCAGGAAGUUGAUUGCGGAUGAUGGCACCAUCGUGGCAUAUCCAACAACCCGCGAUCAACGUCCUUCAACCGGCUUGGGAGUCUUCAAAACCGGUACUGUUCCUUGGGCGGCUUAUAUUGCUUUUUCUUAUACCAGCUUUCGUCCUUCGAUUCCGUCAUGUCAGCUAUUAUAUCGUCGUAACAAAUCAAGUCCUUCAAGUUGUCUCG